UUCCAUAUUUACCAAAACCCUAGCGAUCUAGCCGCACUGAUAUAUGGCCUAUAUAAAGCUGGGAUGCCUGAUUCUGAACGAAGGCUGGGCGGCUCGAGUAAACCCUAGCUGCUCCCUGUAUUGGAGAAAGUAAGUGAAGCAAAAAUGGCGGUGCCUCUGCUAUCAAAGAAGAUUGUGAAGAAGAGGGUGAAGAAGUUCAAGAGGCCUCAAAGCGACCGUAAGGUUUCUGUCAAGACAAACUGGCGUCGACCAAAGGGUAUUGAUUCUCGUGUCAGAAGGAAAUUCAAAGGAUGUACUUUGAUGCCAAAUAUUGGCUAUGGCUCAGACAAGAAGACUAGACAUUAUCUUCCUAAUGGUUUCAAGAAAUUUGUGGUGCACAAUGUCAAAGAGCUUGAAGUGCUAUUGAUGCACAACAGAACUUAUUGUGCAGAGAUUGCACAUGAUGUGUCCACUAGGAAGCGGAAGGAGAUUGUGGAGCGUGCUGCCCAGCUUGACAUUGUUGUUACAAACAAGCUUGCUAGGCUGCGCAGCCAGGAGGAUGAAUGAGCUUUUUAUUUUAGGCUUAUAAACAGAGAAAAAUAUAUUCAACAUUUGGCAUAUUUGCAAGGCAAAUCAGUAGAACAUUCACUGCGUUUUCUCAUGGUACUGCAACACGCAAUUUUGAGAGAGGUUAACAUUAUUUUCUGGCGAUUUCACACCAUUUAUGCUCCUACGCGGUGGGCAUGGUAUUGUUCGUUUUCAUGGAUCUUUAACAGUUUAACUGGAUAAAAGGGCAGUUUGUGAUAUUUAGUGAUUUGGUAUGCGAUGGGUAGGGUGUGCUUUUUCUUCGUCAGGGUACUCUUGUUGGAUUUAAGAGCAUGGAGAGAACGUAAAGAGACUUUUCUCAAAUGAUUUGGGGGCAGAUAUGUUCCACUACAUUGAAAGGACGGAACUGAUGUUUUACAUUUUCA